UAUUUCAGAGCAAAACCAUUCAAGGGUGUAGUCACAUCAAGAGUUUUUAUUGAAUCUUAGAGUACUCGUCUCCUUAUAACAUGCCCCGCUGCAGUUAUUAUAUGUACCUCUUAUAUAUAAAUCAAUAUUUUUAUCCUCUUUUAGUCCAAAUAACAGACCUUUCUGUUUCUCACUCUCAAAGUUUCAGUUUCUCAAACUCAUUGCAAAAUUUUAUUUUAUUUAAGUUUAAUAGGAAAGCAUAAUAUAGAAAAUUCAAAUUAUUAUUACCUUUUAUACAUCCUUUCAUCUUUUAUGAAGAAUUAAUGAUUAUAUUUUUGUAUUCCUAUCUUCUAUUUUAUUUUAUUCCUAUUUCUAGAACUCAAACGAUCAAGUGGGAUUAAAAAUAUUUGUUAUGUGCUAUGCGGAACCCAACUUUUAUCUACUCAGAGUAUGAAAAGGCACAUGAGAAGUUAACAUAAUAUUGCUGAAUCUUUAAGACACAGAUUAAGAUGCCUUGAACCCUUUUGUAGUUUUCAAUGUAAUAGACUGGAUAGUGUUCGACAUCAUUUGGAAAGCAAACAUGAUUUACAGCAAGAAGUAGAAGACUUAAAAUUUGGGAACAUGCAAGAGUUUUACAAAUGGAUAAAUUCUGAAGAGAGUGAUUCCACUGCUAGGUGGAUUAAGGCAUGUGGUACAAAAAAUCAAAGAAAUGGUAGACCUAUUUAUUUUUAUUGCAAUAGAAGUGGAAAGAGAAGAGUACUUGAUGCUGGUAAAAGAAAACGAGCCAUGAAGUCACAGGGUUCUUGUAAAAUAGACGCUUCUUGCACAUCUGCAAUUAUUCUCAAACAUGUGGCAGAGGGCAUCAAAAUAAAAUAUUUUAAGACUCACUAUGGUCAUGACAAAAAAAUGGCUUACAUUCCCUUAUCUACAGAUGAUAAAAAUAUGAUUGCUUCUCAGUUAAUACAAGGAGUUUCCCACACUGACAUAUUAAAAAAAAUAAGACAAAGUGUUGAUAUUAACUUCGAAAGAAUACAUUUGACGACUAAGCACGAUAUUCACAAUAUCAUGCAAUCAUAUAAUUUGCAUGAUACAGCUAUAAGGCAUCAAAAUGACUCGCAAAGUGUAGAUUUGUGGGUGAAUCAAGUACAAUCCAGCAAUGAAAAUUGCAUUUUAUUGUACAAAAAACAAGGAGAACAUCAUCCUAGCUUUUGUUUAAAAAAUGAAGACUUUUUAUUGGGUUUAAUGACUAACUGUCAAGGCGAGAUGUUAAAAAAGUUUGGAAGUGGAGGUAUCAUAUGCAUGGAUGCUAUACAUGGAAAAAACCCAUAUGAUUUUAAGCUAGUUACAAUUUUGGUGGUGGAUGAUUUUGGGGAAGGCUUUCCAGUAGCAUACUUAUUUUCAAAUAGGGAAGAUUAUGUAGUUUUAAAAUAUUUUGUAACUGCUGUAAAAGAAUCUGUUGGGACUAUUAGGGCUGCAUCAUUCAUGAGUGAUGAUGCAGAACAGUAUUUUGCAGCUUGGAGCUCGGUAAUGGAUACUGUUGAAACCAAAAAACUUUUAUGCAUGUGGCAUGUUGACAGAGCGUGGAGAUCCAAAGUAAUAGUCAUAAAAGACAAAUCUAAACAAGCUCAAGUAUAUAAAAUGUUAUGCACCUUAAGACAAGAACCAGAUUUCACCAAGUUUAAUGAAUAUUUAAUAGGAUUUAUGAACGUAUUAUCCAGAUUUAAGAAUAUUUAA